AUGUUCCGGGCACUGACCGCGGCCAGUGCGGCCCUGGGGCACAAAGCGGCAGGUUGGGUGAGGACCAUGGCCUCCCACCCACUGCUGGUGGCCCCCCCAGAAGCCCUGAGUAAGCCCCUAUCCCUCCCCAGCCGGCUUCUGCUGGGGCCCGGCCCCUCUAACCUGACCCCCCGCGUCAUGGCGGCUGGGGGGCGGCAGACAAUAGGACACAUGCACGAGGAGAUGUUCCAGAUCAUGGACGAGAUAAAGCAAGGCAUCCAGUACGUGUUCCAGACCCGGAACCCCCUCACGCUGGCCAUCAGCGGCUCGGGGCACUGCGCGCUGGAGGCCGCCCUGUUCAACCUCCUGGAGCCGGGGGACUCCUUCCUGGUCGGGGUCAACGGCGUCUGGGGGCAGCGGGCCCAGGACAUCGGGGGGCGCAUCGGAGCCCGCGUACACCCCAUGAUCAAGGACCCCGGAGGCCACUUCACGCUGCAGGAGGUGGAGGAGGCCCUGGCCCAGCACAAGCCCGUGCUGCUGUUCCUGACCCAAGGGGAGUCAUCCAGUGGCGUGCUGCAGCCCCUCGAUGGCUAUGGGGAGCUCUGCCACAGGUACCAGUGCCUGCUGCUGGUGGACUCGGUGGCAUCCCUGGGCGGGGUCCCCAUCUACAUGGACCAGCAGGGCAUCGAUGUCUUAUACUCGGGCUCCCAGAAAGUCCUGAACGCCCCUGCAGGCACCUCGCUCAUCUCCUUCAGUGACAAGGCCAAAAAUAAGAUCUACACUCGGAAGACCAAGCCCUUCUCCUUCUACCUGGACAUCAAGUGGCUGGCCAACUUCUGGGGCUGUGACGACAAGCCCAGGAUAUACCAUCACACCACCCCCGUCAUCAGCUUGUACAGCCUGAGAGAGAGCCUGGCCCAUCUAGCAGAGCAGGGCCUGGAGACCAGCUGGCGGCAGCACCGUGAGGCCUCAGAAUACCUGCACAGGCGCCUGCAGGGGCUGGGCCUGCAGCUCUUCGUGAAGGAUCCGGCAAUCCGACUGCCCACCGUCACCACCGUGGCCGCACCUGAGGGCUACGACUGGAGAGACCUUGUCAGCUAUGUCAUGGACCACUUCAACAUCGAGAUCACGGGUGGCCUUGGGCCCUCGGUGGGGAAGGUGCUGCGGAUCGGCCUGCUGGGCUGUAACGCCUCCCGGGAGAACGUGGACCGCGUGAUCGGGGCCCUGCAGGAGGCCCUGCAGCGCUGCCCCCGGAACAAGUUGUGA